UUAGGGUUUAGUUUCACUCUCGUCAUUCUCGUCUCUCCCAAGCCAGACCUGCGGCCUGCGCAUCCAUCUUGAAGCCAAAACUGCCGCUUAGUCUCUUGUACGCCAUCAAACUCGAAGAACUGAGUCAUCCUCUAUACAGUUUGAAGUAAGCUGAAGUUCUGACUCGCUGAUCCAGAGACAAAAUCCAUUAUAUUGUUAAUGCACUUCUCAGUUCUCACUGUUGGUGCUACAAGCUCAAUGCUUACAACAUUUUGAUUCUAUUAUCAGGUGAAAUUCUAGUUUGUUGUCUCUUGUAGGUAUAUCCUAAGUACUUCAGGUAUGACUAAGUUUCACUAAAUUAUAUUGUUUUGCAUUGAUUUUCAAUUCUAUCUUGUGCUAUACAUUCGUCUACUACUCACUACUUUAAGGGAUAUACAGUGAAGCCGAGCCAUUUGGCUUAAAUGGUUUUCGAAUGGCGAAUUGUCUACAAUAGAAUAGUCAUGUUUCUACAGGGAAACUUGAGGUUUGACAGUAGCUCUGUUUCUCGUGUAUAUUGGAGUCUUCGAUUGAUUGGUUGUGUGUCAUCCCAUUUUAUGAGUAAAUGGAAAAGAAGAACGUUCAUAGUUGAAGUAUUCAUUGGAGAAGAUGGUCUCGGGUCAUCCAUUAAUCUGAUGGGAACUAUAUAUUCGAAGAGUAAUCACAGUAAAGUCAUUUAUGUACUACAGAUUCAGCUUUCUUUCCUAGCUUCUCCUACUUUGGUUUUCUUAAUGAUGGUGUUUAGUAACUUGUUGGCGGGAUAUGUGUGUGUGUUUGUGUGUGUUUUUUAAUGUCUUUAAAUUUGGGUAGUGUUAUAUCAUAUAUUUCUUGCAAUUACAUGUGGGAGUACUUGCUUCAUCUAUUUCCUUAAUUUGUGUAUUGAUAGGAUCAAUAGUUUGCUAAUUUAUAUAAUAGGGAUUGCUCAUUUGUUCUUGAUUCAGCACCGAGUCUUUUACCUUAACUGUUUUGGUUUAAGGCUUGUUGGAACGAUAGACUUCACUGUAAGAUACCUUAACUCUUGUAUUACUGCAUUUCUAGUGAUGAGCCAUGUAUGUAUUGAUAAUGCAUGACAGGUUUGGCAAGAACUUAUAAUUUCAAGAUUAGUUGUACAGAGAUACUAAGGUAACUAUGUGUUGCCUUUGAACGUAUUAUUUCCUUGUACAGGUUUUGCCCUCCUAUUGAUCUGCAAUGUUUCUCGACGCCUAUCAUACCUUGGUUGAGGCCGGUUAUUGCUUUGCCUCUCAAUGAAUAUGUACUGUGGCUGAUUAAUGAUUUUUCCAUCCACAAAUAGGUCUGCUUUCACUUAGUAUGAUAGCUCUUCAGAAAUCAAAGCGCCAAAGCCAGUUUAAGUUGUUGUACAAACAGAGUAAAUCUUUUUCUUGGCCUCCUCUUCAGUCCCAACAACAGAAGCUGUGAUUUUAACAUAACUAUUGACCAUCUCUUCCUCUGACGGUUUCGGGUCGAGGAACUCCAUAACGAUUAGCCAGUGUUCGUAGUCGCAUCCGUCCGGUAGAAUCGUCUCUUUAGGGGGGCGGUUGGUCCAGUUCGGUGAUGGGUCAUUCAAGGGAGAAUAACUGGGGCCGGAUGUCUUGAAGCGGGUCUGACCUAACUGUUGUGUCUGAAGCUGAAGAUUGUGAUUAAGAAGAACAAGGACGACGAAGCGAAGGUGAGAAACAAUUGACGGCGAUGACAGAGCACGAGAAAGGCAGGAGGCUAGUGCCCGUCUGGCCAUGAAUGUUUGUAAUGCCACUUGGAGAAGCAAGUUCGGCAUAUAAAAAGAGCAUCUUUGAGGAAGCACGUGUUAAAGAAGAACCAUUCAAUUGUAUUUUUUACCUUUUGGGCAAGUACAAAAGUGACAUCCAUAAUUCUGAUUACAUCUAUAAUUGGUAGAAUUUGAAGAUUUAUUCAAGUGAACAAUUGUAAUAUGUCAUGCAAUAAAGUCCAGUUUUUAAUUUUUUGGCUGCUAGCGAGUGUUUUUAAUGGUGUGUUAAUACGAUUUUUGUCUUUGGCCUUGUCAAGUACUCAAGUUUACGAUGUUCCAAUCCGCUGGAGAAUUUUAUGUUGAUUUAGAAGCUUUAAACAUCUGCAAUACUCGAGUGGUGAUUUAUUUAUUUUUUAAAAAAAAUUACUUUUAACGUCGGUUUUGUCUACAACCGACGUCAUAAGUUUUUUUUAUAUUUUUGUGAAAAUACGUUUAACAUCGGUUCCGGGAAACGACUGACGUAAUAAGUAUUUUUUUUUGAAGUUGUAUUCGACGUCUGUUUUUUAGAGUAACCGACGUGGUAGGUUAUAUUCAUUUUUUAAAGCACACUUAUUACGUCGGUUUGUUAACCGACAUCAAAUGUCCAUAUCUUUUACGUCUCUUACUUACAUGUCGGUUUGAAAACCGACGUUAAAGGGUCAAAAUAACCGACAUAAUAGCCCCUUUGUGUAGUAGUGCAUGCAGGGUAUGGGACAAGGUUAGAGUUUGGAUUGGACUUGGACACGAGAUGAACACGCUCCUUAGUGCAAUCAAAUGGAUCACCAAGACGCGCAAAGGAGCAACAAUGAGAGCCAAGGCUGCCCGACUUGCAUUCUGUGCUGCGGUCUACUAUAUUUGGCACACGAGGAAUGAGGCCAGAUUUGACGAAGGGAGGAAAACGGAGGAGGAUGUUGUUGCGAAGAUCAAGCAUGUGGUAUACAAGAUACUCUUUAGCAUCUACCCACAUGACUUGAAUGACUUUUGAGUGGAGUCAAGCACUUUUUGGAUGCCACGGCACCGACUUAUACAUUUGGACUUGUGUGCGUGCACCUUGCAUCAUCGUUCAUAGUUUUGAUUUUUGACUUAUUGGCCGUAUAUUUCUGCGUAUAGGCCAUGAUUGACUUAGACUAGACUAUAAGCCUCUUCUUACCCUCUCCUUUUCUUACGUAAUACUCC